UAACUAAUUUUCCGUUUGGUUCCACAGAAAGAAACUAAAGCAAAAUUUAGAAAACCAAUUAUAAUAAACCAAAACUAUGGGUUUGAAGCCUGUUUAUGAUUCACUUAUGUAUAUUCUUAAUGCUUCUUUCAUUGUUUAUUCAUAUAUGUAUCUAUGCAUUUGUAUUUCAGUUGUUAUUAUGACUUACUCUUGCUAGUUCUGUGUGAAAAUUGUCGUGUGGUUACAAUGCACACCAACUGUUCGAUGAAAAGAACUUCUAUAACAACACUAGGAUACAUGCAUGCAUGAUAUAAUUGAAUGGAAGUACGGUAUAUUGGAAAAUAGAAUUCCUUUUUAUAAAAAAAAACCCUUUUGAAAGUAAUCAAAUCCUAAUCCCUGGAUACGAUAAAUGCUCUGAGUUAUCAAGGGUAAAAGCAGCAGCAUUCUUGUUGAAAAUGGACUCUGCGUCUGUGUGGUUGUGCUCUGAUUGAGAUUGGUAGAGGGUGUUUUCUGCAGCCAUGUCUGCGACCAAGAUUCGGACAAGUUGCUUCUCUCCCAACUUUGUAGCUGCAAACUCACCUCAAAUCCCUGGACUCAAGCGUGGUCCUAAUGGCACUUUACACAUUUCAUCUGGGAUACUGGAACUUGACAAGAUUUUAGGUGGUGGGCUUUCCCUAGGAAGCCUAGUCACGGUGAUGGAAGAUGCAGAAGUAUCUCAUCAUAUGCUUUUGAUUAGAAAUUUUAUGUCUCAAGGACUCGUUCACAACCAACCCCUUCUCUGUGCAAGCCCAUCCAAGGACCCAAGACAGUUUCUCGGUACUUUGCCUUGUCCAGCUUUACCCAAAGAUGAUAAGUCUAGUCAUCGAGAUCCUGAUCAGGAGAAAGGGUUGAGAAUAGCUUGGCAAUAUAAGAAGUAUUUUUGGGAAAAUCAGCAGAGUUUUGAUAGUCAAGAAAACAUGAGUUCUGCAACGAAUUUGAUUUUGGGAAGCCCUUGGAGAGGUAAUUUCUAAGCAGGACGUGUAUUGAUUGGUUUAGCAUUCAAGAGUCUCCAAAUCUUGUUGCCCUUCAUGACCAUUGCGCCACAUUUUAAUCUCAAUUUCCAAGCUUGUGCGAGGAAAUGAAACAAUUACAUUUAACCUUUUAUUUCUAAGAACUGUUUAUAACCUCUUUGAUCUUAAAAAAUCAAAUGAGAUU